AUGCAUCCUAGACAAAUUAAACACAACAACCAGCCCGUGUCCGUCGGCAUCGAUGGAAAGCAGCCGAGCUUCCAGAUGUACAAUGGCGGCAUCAUGACCGGCGACACCUGCGGCACAGAAAUUAACCACGCGGUCACCCUGGUGGGCUACGGUGUCGAGCAGGAUGGGACAAGCUACUGGCUCAUCAAGAACUCGUGGGGCCAAAACUGGGGAGAAGGAGGCUACAUGAAGCUCCAGAGAGGCACGGGCGCCUGCGGCGUUGACAUGCUGGCAUCUUACCCUGUCGCAUGA